AUGCUUGUUCCGUUCCCACAACUGAUGGGAAGUUGUGGUAGUGGAUUUUGUUGUAAUAAUAAUUCUAAUGCGCCAAUACAACUAGCGGCAAUAAGUCUACAGACAUUUUCAGGUAUUACACAAAACGAUCGAAUUAGCGAUAUUCAAAGAGUUUUCCAUUUGAGCGCAUCAUUAUGUUAUCGGGUGAAGCGGCUCAAGUCAUACAAGGCAUAUAAGCAUAGAGCCAAUUAUAUUAUCGCUUGGGAAAGUUUGAUUGGCAGGUAUAAUAAUAAAAAAGUGCUUAUUCAAUCACAUACUAGAGGUUUAUACGAAUUAUCAGUGAUAACUGAAGAAUCCAAACAAUUGGGAAAAUUAAUUUUCAAUAACAUUUUAAUUAAGAUAGAAGCUAUCCUAAAUUAUCGACUGUUCCUGGUAACCGCUUGA